AUGGAUUUAUUGUGGCUCAAGCAAUUUACAGUCCUCCUCUGGAAAAAUUUUCUUUUGAAGAGGCGGCAGGUAAUUGGUUUGGUUGUGGAAAUCCUUAUAGUAUUCAUACUCUUGGCAUUAAUUUUGUUGGAACGCAAACAUACGAGAAGGUAUUCAAAUGACGCCACCACUUAUAACCCUCUCCCCUUGACACUGCCUGCUUUCCUCAUCAAUUCUAUGCAUGAAUAUGAGUUGGUUUAUGUGCCUUCUGAAAGCAAUGCAGCCAGAAAAAUUACUGAGAUGGUGAAGAGGGAUUUAAAUUUCACUUUUAAAGUUCGAGGCUUUUCUUCAGAAAAAGAUUUUGAGAAGUACAUUAGGGAUGAAAAUAAGUCUGUUCGUGUGCUGGCUGCGAUCGUAUUUGAUCAUAACUUCAAACAAAGCAAUGAUCCUUUGCCGCUUCAGGUAAAAUAUCAUCUGCGUUUUAGUAUUUUUGGUGAUCUAGGUCAUUCACAUAAUGCAUCUAAAAGCCAAAGAAAUGUAGUAUGGAAUACAUCUGCUCUCUUUCCAGAAGUACCUCCUUUAGGAUCCAGACACACGUAUGAUGCAGAUGGGGGAGGUUUCGGGUACCUCAAAGAAGGGUUCCUGACUGUGCAGCAUUCCUUAGAUAAGGCCAUCAUGGUAUAUCAUAAUGACAGAGCUGCAGAAAUGAUGUUUGAAAAUACUAAAACUUUUGUUAGGAGAUUUCCAUACCCUGCCCAUUAUUAUGAUAGUUACAUGUGGGGAUUUAUGGGUUCUUUCUCUUGGAUGGUUUUAUUUCUGUUUCUUCAAACUGAACUUACCCUCAUCAGGACCAUUGUCUCGGAAAAGGAAAAGAGAUUAAAGGAGUACCAGCUUAUGAUAGGACUCACUCAUACUACCCUGUGGGCUUCGUAUUUCAUCACAUUCUUACUGAUGCAUUUAAUUGUCCUCUGCUUACUGUGUGCAGUUUUAUUUCUCAAGAUUACGCAUGUGAAAGUCCUCCCACACAGUGACCCAACACUUUUUUUCACCUUUUUCCUGUGUUUUAUCAUCGCCUCAAUAUUGUUUGGCUUUCUGAUUACCACAUUCUUCAAUACAGCUUCUUUGGCGGUUGCUGUUGGAGGUUUUCUCUAUUUUCUCACUUUCUUUCCACAUGCACUUAUCAGAAAUAGGUAUGCACAGAUGAGCCUCAGUAACAAGCUGGCUUCCUGUCUCCUUUCAAAUAUUGCUGUGUGUAUGGGGAUAGAUAUACUGUGCAAGAUGGAAAUGAAGGAGGAUGGUAUUCAGUGGAAUAACCUCUUUUCACCAGUGAACCCAGAUGAUAACCUAACCUUGGGCCACAUUAUGCUAAUGCUUUUACUUGAUGCUUACUUGUGUGGCCUUGUGGUCUGGUAUGUAGAAGCUGUCUUUCCAGGGAAGUAUGGUGUGCCCAAGCCAUGGAAUUUCUUCCUGCAGAAAUCUUACUGGUUUGAGGAACCAAGCCCAAUAAAGGAAGAUAGUGAACCUACUGAUAUUUUGGAAAGUGAUUAUUUUGAAGCUGAACCUGCUGAUUUGCCAGUUGGUCUCAGGAUCCAUCAUCUGCACAAGGAAUUCUCAUUACAGAAUACUACCGUAAUAGCAAUAAAAGACUUGUCUUUGAAUGUAUAUGAGGGGCAGAUCACUGUUCUUCUAGGGCGUAAUGGAGCAGGAAAGACCACAACUUUGUCCAUCCUCACAGGUUUCUAUCAUCCUACCAGGGGAAAGGUCUAUAUUAGUGGACAUGACAUCUCAAAGGACAUGGUUCUAGCCAGGAAAAGCAUGGGCUUCUGCCCACAGGAUGACCUAUUGUUUCCGAACUUGACAGUAGCAGAACACCUCUAUUUCUACUGUGUGAUAAAAGGAGUACAUCCAGAUGAGCAUUCCACAGAAAUUAACAAAACUCUGACUGCUUUUGGCCUGCUGCAAAAGCGUGAUGAAUUUUCAAAGAACCUGAGUGGUGGCAUGAAGCGCAAACUCUCUAUCAUGAUAGCACUUGUAGGGGGCUCCAAGGUGGUGAUACUUGAUGAGCCAACAUCUGGCAUGGACCCAAUCUCAAGGAGAACCACCUGGGAUCUCCUUCAGCAAUAUAAAGAGGAUCGUACUAUCUUACUGACCACCCACUUCAUGGAUGAAGCUGACACCCUGGGUGACCGCAUAGCCAUCAUGGUCAAGGGGACCCUGCAGUGCUGUGGCUCUCCACUUUUCCUGAAAAAAAUAUAUGGUGUGGGAUACCAUAUGGUCAUUGUGAAGAAAUCUAAUUGUAAAGUUGAAAAAAUCUCCGAACUAAUUUAUCAUCAUGUACCAACUGCCAGUUUGGAGACCAAUGUUGCAGCUGAAUUAUCAUUUGUCCUGCCCAAAAAAUACACACACAGAUUUGAAGGCCUGUUUACUGAUCUGGAAAACAGACAGACAGAGCUGGGCAUUGCUGGCUUUGGUGUCUCUAUCACUACCAUGGAAGAAGUUUUCUUUAGGGUCAAUAAUAUGGCAGAGUUUGAAUUGAAUAAGGAGGCUCCCUCCCUGAAGAAUCAAAACAUAACAGAAGAGAAAAACCAGAAUAUGAACGUGCCCAGAAAUUUUGAGAGACCAGAUUUUCACAUCAUGAAUGAACGCUCUAUUACGUAUAAUACUGGGUGUGCUCUUUACAGCCAGCAGUUCGUUGCAAUGCUCAUAAAGAGGGGAAUUUUCACUCGGCGCAACUGGUUACCGUUGUUGAUACAGAUGCUAGCAUUUCUGGGCAUUGUUUUUUUUCUGGUGAGAGGUAUGAGCUUUUCAAGAGCUAAUAAUGAUGAACCUGCCAGGCAAAUGGAUUUGGAACAAUAUGGUAAAACCACUGUGCCUUUCUCAAUUUCUGGAAAUUCUGAUUUGGCUAUGAAUCUAAAAAAAAAUCUUGAGAUCCUGCUAAAGGCUAAGAAGCAAAAUCCUCUGGAAGUACAAGGUGACCUGCAGGAGUACUUAGUAAACAGUCAAAAAUGCAUUUACUCAUGUAUUAUUGCACUUUCCAUUGAGGCUGCUACAGUCAACAAGACACUUACCUUUUGGUUCAACAAUGAGGCAUACCAUUCAUCAUCGUUAUCCCUAGCAGUGUUAGACAAUAUUAUUUUUAUGUCACUUUCUGGACCAGACGCUUCUAUUACAGUAUCCAACAAACCUCAGCCUAAACCUCCUGCUAAUACUAAACCAGAUAAACGCAAUACCUCUGGAUUCCAGUUAGCCCUUUAUUUGUUUUUUGGUGUGAACAUUUUGGUCAAUGGCUUCUGCCUCCUGACAGUGACUGAGAGGAUCACUAGAGCAAAGCACAUUCAGUUUGUGACUGGGGUCUAUGUCAUUAAUUUCUGGGCCUCUGCUCUGUUGUGGGAUUUCGCCAUCUACUUCAUUGCCUGCUGCUUGCUACUGGUGGUGUUCUUAUUGGCCGGAUUGGAUGUAUUGAUCAAGGAUUACCACUUUUUGGACACAUUGCUCAUCCUUAUGCUGUUCGGCUGUUCUAAUAUUCCCUUCAUAUACCUGAUAAGUUUCCUGUUUUCUAAUAGUACCAGUGCCUACAUCUUUCUCUUCAUGUUCAACCAAUGUGCAGGGCUUUUUACUAUGAUUGUGGAUAUCAUACUAAACAACAUAGAGGGCAUAAGAUAUAAAAACACCAUACUUAAUUCAUUUAUGCUGUUACCCAUUUAUAACCUUGGAAUGAGCAUAAGCAAGUACUGUGACAUCCAACAGUUUAAGAAACUGUGUUCCUCCAUGAACAUUGUUUCUAACUCCACUGCUUGUAGGAAAGUAAUUGAACUGAAUGUAUAUAGUUUGAAAGAAGAUGCAAUUGGAAGGCAUUUAGUUGCAAUGGCUGUCACAGGAUUCAUUUUCUUCCUCUUGAUUUUCCUUCUGGAGACCACCUCUUGGAAACUGAGAACCUUUGUAUCUCGUUAUAUUUUCUUUGGUAUCUACAAGACAUUUAAUAAGGAUACAGUAUCCACAGAAUUAUCUGUGGAAUCUGAAGAUGAAGAUGUACAAAAUGAAAGAGAGAGAGUCCUGGAGCAGUCACAAGAGGUUCUGAAUUCCACAGUACUUAUUAAAGAACUCACUAAGAUAUAUUUUCAAGUUCCAGCCAUUCUGGCUGUAAGAAAUAUCUCCCUUGCAAUCCAAAAGGAGGAGUGCUUUGGAUUGCUUGGAUUAAAUGGAGCUGGGAAAACUACUACCUUCCAAAUGUUGUCUGGAGAGUCAGUUGCUACCUCUGGGGAUGUGUUCAUUGAUGGCUUCAGCAUCACCAACAACAUCCUAAAGGUAAGGUCAAGAAUUGGCUAUUGUCCACAGUUUGAUGCCUUGCUGGAUUACAUGACUGCUCGGGAAAUACUGAACAUGUAUGCCAGGUUGUGGGGGAUCUCUGAGGCCACCAUUCACCUUUAUGUGAACAAGUUGUUGAAAUUGCUGAAUCUGGAAACCCAUGCUGAUAAGUUUAUCUAUACUUACAGUGGAGGAAACAAGCGUAAGUUGAGCACUGCUAUUGCCAUCAUGGGAAAGCCCUCAGUCAUCUUCCUGGAUGAGCCAUCUACUGGCAUGGACCCAGUAGCCCGGCGCCUGCUCUGGAAUGUCGUGGCACAGGCACGUGAAAGUGGCAAAGUCGUCAUCAUCACCUCCCACAGUAUGGAGGAAUGUGACGCCCUGUGUACCAGGCUGGCUAUAAUGGUGAAGGGAAAAUUUGUGUGCCUGGGCAGCCCUCAGCACCUAAAGAACAAGUUCGGCAAUAUUUACAUUCUGAAGGUCAAGUUCAAGACUGGUGUAGAUGAGAAUACAAUGGAAAAUUUUAAAAUAUUUAUUACUGAAGUUUUCCCAGGCAGUGUCUUAAAGCACGAAAAUCAAGGGAUCUUUAACUAUUACAUUCCCAGCAAGGACAAUAGCUGGGCAAAGGUGUUUGGCAUUUUGGAGAAAGCUAAAGAGCAAUUUGAUUUAGAAGAUUAUUCCAUCAGUCAGAUAACACUGGAGCAAGUUUUCCUGACCUUUGCUAACCAAGAUAAUCAGCCAAAUAGAUAG